AUGGCGUUGAUGAUUGCCAUUGGAAACUUGGGAGGUGCCGUGGGGACGAACAUUUAUCUUGCCCAUGAGGCACCGUACUAUUGGACUGGCUAUGGCGUCUCUCUGGGUGUCGUGGCUCUCUCCCUUGUGACGGCCAUGUUUAUGCGGUGGAAGUUGAAGAGAAUCAACAGAGCACGAGAGGCGAUGAGUACGGAAGUGAUCAACCGUCGUUACACUGAGCAGGAUCUUGCUAGCAUGGGCGACGACAGCCCCUUGUUUCGAUACAUCACCUAGACUUUUCCGGUGGCAGUGGCCAAC